AUGUCCGCCAUGAUGAACUCCCUCCGUCCCUCCCUCCGCGCCGCCUCCACUACCGCGCGCUCCUUCAGCACCACCUCGCGCCGCGACCUCGCCCGCAUGAUCCUCACCGGCCGUCUGGGCAGCGAGCCCGAGUUGCAGGCCACCGCCUCUGGCCGUGAAGUUAUCAGAUACGUUGUUGCUAGCGAGCACGGCCGUACACAGAACCGCAAGACGGACUGGUUCCGUGUGGCUUCGUUCCCAGAUUCGGAGAACCAGAAGAACUUCUUGCUCAAUUUGCCGAAGGGUUCGCUUGUCUACGUCGAGGCCGAUACCAGCUUGCGUCAGUAUGAGGAUGCCGAGGGCAGGAAGAACACGCAGUUGUCCCUUGUGCAGCGCAACAUCGACGUCCUCCGCCGCGCCUUCAUCAGGAGAGAGGAGAGCGAGGGCUCCGAGGGUUCUGAGGGUUCCGAAUCUGCCGAACACCAAUAA